AUGACUCUCCUUAAGGCCAUCUCCUCAAUGAACUUCUCCAACAACACCCGCUCAAUGACUACUGUCGGAUCCACCUCGACAGCCUCCAUCAUGCAGGGCAGCAACUCCACUGCUGGUCUGCUUGACCUUGAUGCUAAUGUCGUUGCCCAUCUCAACCUUUUGGGAAUCUGUCUCGAUGCCAAUGUGAAUGCUAAUGUCCACGCCUAA